AUGGACAAGAUGAUGGUGUUCAGUGAUAACAGGGGGCAGGGCCUAAAGCUCAGUGGUGUGGAUCCUGAAACAUGCAUGAUUGUAUUCAAAAACCACUGGUCACAGGUUUUACGGAUCCUGGAGAAGCACGAGCCAAUGCGAAACGGUGGCCACCUCAGUUCAGGCCCGAUUCAGGAAGACGAGGAGAGUGCUGUGCAAAACUACGUGGAGCACAUGUUGUUCCUCUUGACAGAAGAAGAGAGUGGUGUGGAUGGAGCUAUAGGUCCCAUACUUGAGUUUGUGCUGCUGGAGAACGUUAUGGAGCGUCUAUUUGUGUGGAGCCUGCGGCGCAAUUUCACCGUUGCCACCAAACUGGAACAGCUGCGCAUGUACAAGAUGCUGUUGGCUCGGGCAAGGCAGCCCCUUCUGCACCACAAGCCCAUUUUAUGCCCACUUGCCAUGCUGCUUUCUUCCUGUAGCUCAGGUCCAAGCUCCAUGCUCGUAGAGACCCAGUUGGUGUGUCUGUUGCAUCGAUUGUCUUGUUUGCUGGUGCAUGAUGACUCUGCCCUCCAGCUCUUUCUAUUCCAGAGUGGGCAGGACCAUGGGGCUGCCAACUUCCUGCUUUUUUCACUACUGUUGCCCUUCGUGCACCGUGAUGGGCCAGUGGGUGAACAGGCCCGGGAUGCACUUGCACUCAUUGUGGCAGUGUCAGCCCACAACACCACAGUGGCCAAUUAUGUCAUCCAGAACACCUACUUCUGCCCGGUCCUGGCCACGGGGCUCAGUGCUUUGUACUCCUGGCUCCCGGCUAAGCUAGAAAACUAUAGUGAAGGAUGGCACUGUUUGGAGGAAGUGGAUUGUGCGCAGGUUCCUGCACUCACCCAGUUUCUUAACUCCUUGCAGUUCUGCAGCACUAUGUGUACGGUGGCUCAUUGCACAAUCAGAGAUCAGCUACUCAGUUACAUCUAUAAUGGCUUCCUUGUGCCAGUCAUGGCACCUGCAUUACAUAAGUUGACUUUGGAAGAGGUGAUGAUGACAACAGCAUACCUGGAGCUAUUUUUGAGGAGUAUCACUAACCAUGCCCUCCUCCAGAUCUUUCUAAUUUUCAUCCUUAGGCACCGGCAUGAUAACAUCAGCAUUGUUGAUACACUUGUCAGCAGAAUUAACACUCCCUUUCAGCUGGGUUCAGUAUCUUUGACUUUAUUCCGAACUCUGAUUGGGCUCUACUGUGAGGAUGUCAUGCUACAGCUCAUUCUCAGGUAUCUGAUUCCAUGUGCUCAUUUGCUGUACAAGGGACAGCACAGACUGAGAGAAAGAGACUGUUAUUCAUCCAGCGCUGCUGCUUUUCUCGCUCUCAUGCCCUCAUUCCUCGUGGCCCGACCUCCAUCCUCCCCGACACUGCCACCUAAGCCAGAUUACAUCCUCUGGUCAAAGGUCACUGAAGGUCUGAUAAAGGGGAACAUGGGUAAUAACAACACACAAACAUCAGUCCAUUAUGGUGUUGGACACUACUGUUUGGAAUCUGAGCCACUGAUGGACAGAAACUACCUCCAAUACCUAAACGAUGCACGUAGCAUCAUUAGCACCAGUGUGCAGGCAUGUAAAGUUUGGUCUGCCCCUUAUGAUGGACUCAACCCCACACCUGAAAGCUGCAGCGGAGUAGAGUUUGAAGAUGGAAAAGAUGAAGAGCUGUUAGUGGAUGAUUGUCCACCUCUUUUCAAUACUUCACUCCAGCCACCAAACACACACCGCCUAUCUGACUCCAGUUUGAGUCGGACUCCAGUUUCUCCAGCAGAUCUGGAAUGGGAUGAUAGUUAUGAAGCUGUGGAUAGAGAGGAACACCAAGAUUCACUUAAAUCCCAUAAUUCCACAAUUGUGAAACUUCCGAAACACAUCGAGGAGAUGCAGAAAAGUGCUAGCAUGCUAAUUCGCGACUCUUAUAUUGAGGAGUCAGAUUUCCAGCAUGACGUCUUGGUUUAUAAUCUCAUAGCACAGAGAGACUUACGGGAUGACCGUAGAGCAUCCAUAAAAAAUUGUCAGACGACAAAAAUUUUACACCCUCACCCACAAACUAAAACUAAAAACAACACACAGCCACAGACAUGUAACCACAUAAACAAUAUGCAUAAAAACACAACAAACUACAUAAAUCAUAAAGUUGAGGAAUUGGAAGAAUCUAAAUCCAUAUUAAAUGGACUUAUUAGUGAGCAUGAAACAAAUAAUAAACUGCCUCACAUCACCCAUAACAUGGAUUUAGAAAUGCAGGAUCCAUCCCACAAGCCCCUGAUGCAGCCUACAGAAGAUUAUUUCAUUUCCCAGUGUCUCCAGCUCAUUCACACAUUAGGAGGAGAUGAUGAGAGUACACAAGAAGAUAAGGUUGAUUUCCAGCGGUUGACAGCACUCCUGUAUGGGGAAGAGAAAGAACUGGACUUUGACUCUUUUUGCUCUGAUAGUCAUGAUGAUGAUGAUGAUGAUGAUGGUGAUGAUGAUGAAUGUAGUGCAAAGCAGAGUGACUCUGAUGAAAAGAAACUUGUCCCAUUUACAGGUCCUUUUAUUAGCGUGCUGCUCUCUCGUCUAGAGAACAUGCUGGAGAAUUCGGUUGAGGUAAACCUGCUGGUGACGGGCGUCUUGGCUCAGCUGGCAGCGUAUCCACAGCCGCUGCUGCGCUGCUUUUUGCUCAGCACACAACAUGUCUUCCAGCCCAGCGUCUGCUCUCUUUACCAGGUGCUGGUGUCUGUGGGUUGCCAAAUUGAGCAGUAUGCUGCAACAAGGCCAGAGUUUGCCCAAAUGGUACGAGAUGCUGCUCAGUAUGUGCUGCUCAGAGAUGAGGCCUUUAAGGAUAGGGAGCUCAAUUCCCAGCAAAAGAAUGGACUUGGCUGUUUUUUUAAUGGACAUAUCGGUGGACAGCUGCUGAAAUCUCUUCCUCCAUGUCCUAAGAUACCUCUUCAGUGCAGAAAUAGAGUGUUUGCCACAUUUAUGUACGCAGAGUUUCUUAAAGAGCUGGCAGCUAUUGCACAGGAACAUGCCAUAUGCCCCGACAUACCCAGUGAGACAUAAGACCUGUAAAAGCUGCUUUGUGCCACCGUUUGUAUAUGUGUAACAUGUUUUCUGGUGGUCGAAAAGGCACUAGUACAACCUGCGGGUGUGUCUUUAAUUAUGCUACUUGACUAAAGAUCAGUGUUGGCAUAAGGACAUGGGUAGCAGAUACAGUGUCAAAGCUUAUGGAGUGGCCCAAAUUAUUUUUAUUAUUAUUUAUUACUCCUCUGACAGGUCCAUCUGUUCUGCAAACAAAUGUAUGCUUAAUUUAAAUACAAAAGAUAAAAAAAAGUUUGUGUUGACAAGUUGCCUUAAAAUUUGUCUGUUCCCCCUGGGUUGAGUGUUAGUUAAGAUCAUUUUAUUGUGUUUUUGUCAUUUUAUUGUG